AUGUUGCUCUUGACUUUGUUUGCCUUCGUUUUACCUGCACUUUCGACCGCCGGAAAUGACUACAACUUCCUCUUCAAUGCUACGAAACUACCAAACAAAGCAGUAACACCAACGCUCGCCAAUGGACACCUGGGGUUCGUGGUGUACGGUGACGCGGUGCAUCUGAACGGUGUAUAUAAUGGGCUCAAAGGGGUCAGCCAUCGAGCCCGCAUUCCCAACUUUGCCAACAUUCAGCUCGCCAACUGUUCCUCGUUGCUGGUGCAGCCGAAAAACUGCCGAUACCAGUUGGACAUGCGAAACGGUGCGUUCCGUACAACACUAGAGGACCCGGCUGGUGGGUACCGGGUUGUGCAUGAAGUAUAUCCCAAUCGACACUUUGACCAAACGAUCGUUAAUCGGGUACACCUUCAAAGGCUCGCGUCGGAGAAAACGGUUGAGAUCGAAGUGCGUCAGCUAACCGGUUCCAAAAGCGAUGACCUGACGCUGGAUCCAAUCGACACGAUGAACAUCGGAGGAGAGGUGUACUUCCUCAUGUGCGGCCGUACCAAGCAAGUCGAGGAUCCCAAGUAUCAAAAGGAAGGACAUCCGAUCUGCGUUGCGUACAAACAAAUCCCGCGUAAGCUGACGCUCGAGACCGGUGAAACUGACCGGGAGUUUGUUUACUUUACAAUAUUCACCCAUUCCAAGCAAGAGGCAGAGAGGGAGCUUAAUGGGUUGAAAAAGCAUGACCACCAACGGUUGCAUCGGCUCGAGAUGGAUCGCAUGUGGCACAAGUAUGGCAUCCGGGUGGAAGGCAACGAUCGGCUUGACCGUGUCGUUAAAGCUAGUGCCUUUUAUCUAUCGAGUUCGCUUCCAUCCCAGGCCACCUUCCAACCCGCCAGCUAUCCAUUCUACGGCCUCUCUCCUUCCGGUCUGGGUCGAGGCGGUAAAGAAUUAGCCGAGUACCAAGGGCACAGCUUUUGGGACACGGAAAUGUGGAUGUUCCCACCGAUUCUACUGCUCGAUCCACAAAACGCCCGCAAACUGCUCCACUAUCGGACACUCGUAACCGAAGCGGCCGCAGAUUACGCCCGUAGCAACGGUUACGAGGGUUGGCAGUAUGCCUGGGAGUCGGCGUUUACCGGACGUGAGGUAACGCCCGACUUUUGCCCGCAAGUUCCGGAGUACCAGCAUCACAUAACGGCGGAUAUUGCAUAUGCCGCCCGGCUCUACUACUACGCCACGGGGGAUCUCGAGUGGUUGCGGACGGAUGCGUGUCGGUUGGCUUACGAAACGGCACGAUUUUGGCGGAGUCGGGUUGAUUACAAUCCGGAGACGGAUACUUUCGAUAUUGGUCGAAUUAUGGGUCCAGAUGAGGAUCACCACAAUGUCACGAACAGUAUUUAUACGAACGUGGUGGCGGCACAUAAUCUGUUCUUUGGAGCGUUCGUUGGAUGCCACUGUCGGGAUGCGCUGCCGGGAGUGACGGAGGAUGAUCUCCAGGAGUUCCUAAAGGUAGCCCGGAGUAUUUCUCUACCCUACAACGCACAAUAUGAUGUACAUCCACAAUACAAAGAGUACACUUUCGGUACGCAAAUUAAACAAGCGGAUGUGGUGCUACUUGGGUAUCCGCUAGAGUUCCCCAUGAAACAGUCCACCAAAGCAAACAACCUUCGACUCUACUCGAUGGUGACACGUCCCGAUGGUCCCGCGAUGACCUGGGCCAUGCACACGAUCGGCCACCUAGAUCUAAACGAAAUGGACCAAGCGGCCGCCAUGUUCCGGCGGAGCUACCAAAAAAACCUACGUGCCCCAUUCCACGUGUGGAGCGAAAAUGCCGAAGGUGGUGACGGUGCCGGAAACUUUAUAACCGGUGCCGGUGGAUUCCUUCAAUCACUCAUUAACGGGUACGCUGGGGUGCGAUUGCGCCACCGGCAGCUGGUGAUAGGCAACCCACGGCUUCCUCCGGGAACGACGAGACUGUUCCUGCCGGAACUUAAUUUCGCCGGGGUACAGUUUUCCCUCGACAUCGUAGCGAACGGUUUCCGGGUCACGUUUGGGCGCGGUGAGGCGGGGGCGUUCGAAAAACUCACCCUUCUGGUGGACAGCAUCGAGCGAAACUUCUUCGAAGGUUGUGAAUAUUCCGGAACGACUGACGCUGUUCUGUUGCUACGACAGGAUCAAGGGGAGCAGGCGGACGAACAUCAGGAAACGUGCACCCUGCACGAUACCGUCCUUGGCAUGCGAUUGGCCGAUCAGGAAGGAAGGCUCAUUACCACCGCGCAGCUCAUAGCGAUUUCGUUGGCAAUCGGGCUGCUCGGUGUGUUGUACAGUGUUCGUGCAGCACUGAAAAGUCGUACUGCCGGAAAGGCAACGGAAAAAGAUAAACUUGGCAAAAAAAUUCGCAAAAAGCAGAAGGCAACGAAAGCGAGUAAAUAACGGGACAAAAUAAAUCAACUUUCGGCGUUAAAUUUAA